UUGGGUGAUUGAUUUAUUGUUGCUCCUGGUUCCCUUCGUUCCUCUACUUUUUAAAUGGUUAAUGAAAACAAGAGGAUGUACAUUCCAGAAGAAAACCACCAAGGUUCCAACUAUGUGAGUCCCCGUCCGGCUCAUGCCAACAUGAAUGCCAAUGCAGCAACAGGGCUGGCACCUGAGCAUAUCCCUACUCCGGGUGCAGCCCUCUCCUGGCAGGCUGCUAUCGAUGCUGCCAGGCAGGCGAAGUUGAUGGGUGCUGCUGGCAAUGCAACCAUAUCCACCGCUAGCUCCACACAGAGGAAACGGCAACAGUAUGGGAAACAGAAAAAACAGGGUACCACGACCGCUACACGUCCUCCUCGGGCAUUGCUGUGUUUAACAUUGAAAAAUCCCAUCCGGAGGGCAUGUAUCAGUAUUGUUGAAUGGAAAUAUCCUUUUCUGGUACCAUUUGAAAUUAUUAUUUUACUGACUAUUUUUGCCAAUUGUGUGGCCUUAGCUAUCUAUAUCCCCUUUCCAGAAGACGAUUCCAAUGCCACCAAUUCCAAUCUGGAACGAGUGGAAUAUCUCUUUCUCAUAAUUUUUACAGUGGAAGCAUUUUUAAAAGUAAUAGCAUAUGGACUUCUCUUUCAUCCUAAUGCUUACCUCCGGAAUGGCUGGAAUUUACUAGAUUUUAUAAUUGUGGUAGUAGGGCUUUUUAGUGCAAUUUUAGAACAAGCAACCAAAGCAGAUGGGGUAAAUUCACUGGGAGGUAAAGGUGCCGGAUUUGAUGUUAAAGCACUUAGAGCUUUCCGCGUACUGCGCCCUUUACGGCUGGUAUCUGGAGUUCCUAGCCUUCAGGUGGUGUUAAAUUCCAUUAUCAAGGCCAUGGUCCCAUUGCUGCACAUUGCCCUUCUGGUGCUGUUUGUCAUAAUUAUCUAUGCCAUCAUUGGGUUGGAGCUCUUCAUGGGAAAGAUGCACAAAACAUGCUACUUAACAGGGAUUGCCACAGAUACACCUGCAGAAGAAGAACCUGCUCCCUGUGCGCCAGUAUCUCAACAUGGACGGCAGUGUCAGAAUGGCUCUGAGUGUAGGGCCAUAUGGGAGGGACCCAAACAUGGCAUCACCAACUUUGACAACUUUGCCUUUGCCAUGUUAACUGUGUUUCAGUGCAUCACCAUGGAGGGCUGGACAGAUGUACUCUACUGGGUCAAUGAUGCCAUAGGAAGGGAGUGGCCCUGGAUCUAUUUUGUUACACUAAUCAUCAUAGGCUCAUUUUUUGUACUUAACUUGGUUCUCGGUGUACUUAGCGGGGAGUUUUCUAAAGAGAGAGAAAAAGCAAAAGCUCGAGGUGACUUUCAGAAGCUAAGAGAGAAACAACAACUGGAGGAGGACCUAAAGGGAUAUCUAGACUGGAUAACUCAGGCAGAAGAUAUAGAUCCAGAAAAUGAGGAUGAAGGCAUGGAUGAGGAGAAGCCCCGAAACAUGAGCAUGCCCACCAGUGAGACAGAAUCUGUGAACACCGACAAUGUGGCUGGAGGUGAUAUUGAAGGAGAAAACUGCGGCGCACGACUGGCGCACCGGAUUUCUAAAUCUAAGUUUAGCCGCUACUGGCGUAGAUGGAAUCGAUUCUGUAGACGAAAAUGUCGAGCUGCUGUCAAAUCCAAUGUAUUUUAUUGGCUUGUGAUCUUCCUGGUGUUUCUCAACACACUUGCCAUUGCUUCUGAGCAUUACAACCAACCAGACUGGCUCACUGAAGUCCAAGACACUGCGAAUAAGGUAUUGCUGGCUUUGUUCACGGCUGAGAUGCUGCUGAAGAUGUACAGCCUGGGUCUUCAGGCUUACUUUGUGUCCCUCUUCAACCGCUUUGAUUGCUUCAUCGUGUGUGGUGGAAUUCUGGAAACCAUCUUAGUGGAAACAAAAAUCAUGUCCCCACUUGGCAUAUCCGUGCUGAGAUGUGUACGACUUCUGAGAAUCUUUAAAAUCACAAGGUACUGGAAUUCCUUGAGUAAUUUGGUGGCUUCCUUGCUCAACUCAGUGCGCUCCAUUGCCUCCCUGCUGCUGCUCCUCUUCCUCUUCAUCAUCAUCUUCUCCCUCCUAGGGAUGCAGCUCUUUGGGGGCAAGUUUAACUUUGAUGAGAUGCAGACCAGGAGAAGCACCUUUGACAACUUUCCACAGUCAUUGCUCACUGUGUUUCAGAUCCUGACUGGGGAGGACUGGAAUUCGGUGAUGUAUGAUGGAAUCAUGGCUUAUGGCGGCCCCUCUUUUCCAGGAAUGUUGGUCUGUAUUUACUUCAUCAUCCUCUUCAUCUGUGGAAACUAUAUCCUGCUGAAUGUCUUCUUGGCCAUUGCUGUUGACAAUCUUGCUGAUGCCGAAAGCUUGACAUCUGCUCAAAAGGAGGAGGAGGAGGAAAAAGAAAGGAAAAAACUAGCAAGGACUGCCAGUCCUGAGAAGAAACAGGAGCCUGAGAAGCCAGCUAUGGAGGGAGAGACUAAGGAGGAAAAAAUUGAGCUGAAAUCAAUUACAGCUGAUGGAGAAUCUCCACUUUCUGAUAAGAGUAACACAGAUGAAUAUCAGCCAAAUGAAAAUGAAGAGAAAAAUCCCUAUCCUACUGCAGAGACACCAGGAGAAGAGGACGAAGAAGAACCGGAGAUGCCUGUUGGGCCUCGCCCUCGGCCUAUGUCUGAACUACAUCUUAAGGAGAAAGCGGUGCCAAUGCCGGAAGCCACUGCUUUUUUCAUUUUCAGUCCUAGCAACAAAUUUCGGGUCCACUGCCAUCGCAUCGUUAAUAAUAACAUUUUCACCAACCUGAUCCUCUUUUUCAUCUUGCUCAGCAGCAUCUCUCUGGCAGCUGAGGACCCAGUUCGUCAUUACUCAGUUAGAAAUCAAGUUCUCUUUUAUUUUGAUAUAUUUUUUACUGUCAUUUUCACCAUUGAAAUUGCCCUGAAGAUCCUAGGCAAUGCAGAUUAUGUCUUCACUAGUAUCUUUACAUUAGAAAUUAUUCUUAAGAUGACUGCUUAUGGGGCUUUCCUUCACAAAGGCUCCUUCUGCAGGAACUAUUUCAACAUCCUGGACUUGCUGGUGGUUAGCGUUUCUCUCAUCUCCUUCGGGAUCCAGUCCAGCGCAAUCAAUGUAGUGAAGAUAUUACGUGUUUUGAGAGUCCUCAGACCACUGCGGGCAAUCAACAGAGCGAAGGGUUUAAAGCAUGUGGUUCAAUGCGUAUUUGUAGCUAUACGAACCAUAGGGAAUAUUGUGAUCGUGACCACUUUGUUGCAGUUCAUGUUUGCCUGCAUUGGAGUUCAGUUGUUCAAGGGCAAACUGUACAGCUGCACUGAUAGCUCCAAGCAAACAGAAGCAGAAUGCAAGGGCAAUUUUAUCACUUACAAGGAUGGAGAAGUGUCUCAACCAAUGAUUCAGGCCCGAAGCUGGGAGAAUAGCAAAUUCGAUUUUGACAAUGUCCUAACAGCUAUGAUGGCCCUUUUCACUGUUUCAACCUUUGAAGGAUGGCCAGAACUGCUGUAUCGAUCUAUCGAUUCCCAUAUGGAAGAUGUGGGGCCCAUCUAUAACCACAGGGUGGAGAUCUCAAUUUUCUUCAUUAUUUAUAUCAUCAUCAUUGCUUUCUUCAUGAUGAACAUCUUUGUUGGUUUCGUCAUCGUCACAUUUCAAGAGCAAGGAGAACAGGAAUAUAAGAACUGUGAGCUUGACAAGAACCAGCGUCAAUGUGUAGAAUAUGCCCUGAAAGCCCGUCCCCUGCGAAGAUAUAUCCCCAAAAACCAGUACCAAUAUAAAGUAUGGUAUGUGGUGAACUCCACCUAUUUUGAAUACCUGAUGUUCGUCCUCAUCUUGCUGAACACCAUCUGCCUGGCCAUGCAGCACUAUGGUCAAAGUAUCCUCUUCAAACAAGCAAUGAACAUCCUCAACAUGCUGUUCACUGGCCUUUUCACCGUUGAGAUGGUUCUAAAGUUAAUCGCCUUCAAACCCAAGGGUUACUUUAGUGAUCCUUGGAAUAUUUUUGACUUCCUCAUCGUAAUUGGCAGCAUUAUAGACGUCAUUCUCAGUGAAACUAAUCACUAUUUCUGUGAUGCAUGGAAUACAUUUGACGCCUUGAUUGUUGUGGGUAGCAUUGUUGAUAUAGCAAUCACCGAGGUGACCAACACAGAGGACAACUCUCGCAUCUCAAUCACCUUUUUCCGACUCUUCCGUGUGAUGCGUCUGGUGAAGCUCUUGAGUCGAGGGGAGGGCAUCCGCACGCUGCUCUGGACCUUCAUCAAGUCUUUCCAGGCUCUCCCCUAUGUGGCUCUAUUAAUAGUGAUGCUGUUUUUUAUCUAUGCCGUGAUUGGGAUGCAAGUGUUUGGUAAAAUUGCACUAAAUGAUACUACAGAAAUCAAUCGGAACAACAACUUUCAAACAUUUCCUCAGGCUGUGCUCCUGCUUUUCAGAUGUGCUACUGGUGAAGCUUGGCAGGAAAUCAUGCUUGCAUGCCUACCUGAUAAGAAGUGUGACCUUGACUCUGUGGAACCAAACAGUACUACUGAAGGUGAACAUCCCUGCGGGAGCAGCUUUGCUGUAUUUUAUUUCAUCAGUUUCUACAUGCUUUGUGCCUUUCUAAUCAUUAACCUUUUUGUUGCCGUUAUCAUGGAUAAUUUUGAUUACUUAACCCGUGAUUGGUCCAUUCUGGGUCCCCAUCAUCUGGAUGAGUUUAAACGGAUUUGGGCAGAGUAUGAUCCUGAAGCCAAAGGACGUAUCAAACAUCUAGAUGUUGUAACACUCCUGCGUCGGAUACAACCUCCUCUGGGUUUUGGAAAGCUCUGUCCUCACAGGGUAGCUUGCAAGCGUCUUGUCUCUAUGAAUAUGCCAUUGAAUAGUGAUGGAACUGUUAUGUUUAAUGCAACCUUAUUUGCACUAGUAAGAACAGCACUGAGAAUCAAAACAGAAGGUAAUUUGGAACAAGCCAAUGAGGAGUUGCGUGCAAUCAUUAAGAAAAUCUGGAAGCGCACUAGCAUGAAGUUGUUGGAUCAGGUUGUACCCCCAGCAGGGGAUGAUGAAGUUACAGUUGGAAAAUUCUAUGCCACAUUCCUGAUUCAAGAGUACUUCCGGAAAUUCAAAAAACGCAAAGAACAGGGUCUUGUGGGCAAACCUUCACAACGUAAUGCUCUUUCUCUACAGGCUGGUCUGCGCACAUUACAUGACAUUGGACCAGAGAUUCGAAGGGCAAUAUCUGGAGACUUAACAGCAGAAGAGGAAUUAGACAAGGCCAUGAAAGAAGCUGUUUCUGCUGCUUCUGAAGAUGAUAUUUUCAGAAGAGCUGGUGGUUUGUUUGGAAAUCAUGUCAGCUAUUACCAAAGUGAUGGCAGAAGCUCAUUCCCUCAGACAUUCACUACUCAGCGCCCUUUGCACAUCAACAAAUCUAGCAACAACCAAGGAGACACUGAAUCCCCAUCCCAUGAGAAGCUUGUUGACUCCACCUUCACUCCAAGUAGUUACUCUUCAUCAGGUUCCAAUGCUAACAUCAAUAAUGCCAACAAUACUGCCUUGAGCCGCUUUUCUAAUCCACCAAGCUAUCCCAACACUGUCAGCACCGUGGACAGCUACAGCACCCCUUCCUCCGCCACUGUACGGAUCCAGGAAGUUCCUUGGAAGUUCAGUUGCAGAAGAUCCUAUUCCAGAGACAGCCAAGUAGCAAUUGUUAGUGAAGAGGAAGCUCCUCAGGAGGAAGAAACAUAUAAUGAGCAGUUAAAUGAAGAAACUGAAUAUUGUAGUGAACCAAAUUUGUUAUCACCUGAAAUGUUAUCAUACCAAGAUGAUGAACACAGACAGUUAACUCUCCCAGAGAGCAAAGAAGACAUCCAGCCAUCUCCAAAGAUUGGAUUUCUACAUUCCUCAUCACUAAGUCGAAGAGCAUCCUUUCAUCUGGAGUGUCUAAAGAGACAGAAAAAUCAGACUGCAGGUGUUCCCCAGAAAACAAUAUUACCUUUGCGUCUAGUACAUCACCAGGCACUAGCAGCUGCAGGUCGGAGUCCUCUUCGAAGUAUUCAUUCAUCAAUUAGAUCUUCUCGACCCUAUUCCACACACUCUGCAACACAUUGUACACAAGACUGGCCACAGCAACAUGAUAAAGGAUUGUGGCCUGAUGAGGCGGAAUCCAAUGAGAAACUCAAUAAUAGCUUCCCAUCAAUAUAUUGCAGCUCCUCAUAUUGUGAUAGCACCAGCUCUAGCAGCACCCGAAAGGCCAGGCCAGUCUCCCUUAUAGUUCCCAGUCAGACAAGAGUGUGUGGCAGGCAAUUCCACGGUAGUGCCAACAGCCUUGUUGAAGCGGUCUUGAUUUCGGAAGGACUGGUGCAGUUUGCUCAAGAUCCAAAGUUCAUUGAGGUUACCACCCAAGAACUAGCUGAUGCCUGUGACUUGACAAUAGAAGAGAUGGAGAAUGCCGCGGACAACAUUCUCAAUGGUAACAGCAAACCAAGCCCCAAUGGCAACCUCUUGCCUUUUGUUAACUGCAGGGACCCAGGGCAGGACUGUAUGGGCGAAGAAGCAGAAGCAGCCCAAAACCCAGAUUCUAGGAAAAGUCAAGAGGAAUCUAAGGAUACCAGGAUUUAUAUCAGCAACCUGUAGUUGCUGAAGCUGAAAGUGAUGCUGUUUUUUUAAUUUGUUUCAAUGUUCCUAAUGGGUUUGUUUCAGAAGUGCCUCACUGUUCUCGUGACCAGGAGUAACCAGAACAGCAUUCUUCAUUUAUUUCUGUCGGGAAGAAUUGCAGAGUUGGGUGGUGUAAAAGAGUUUUUCAGGAGUGAAUAUAGAACCCCAGCAUGUGUCCAUGAAGGAAGAAUCAGGAGAAGUAAAAGGCAGUGUGUCAGCUCCCUUCUUUUUUCAGUCCCUGCACAAGGAACAACAGCUGCUUCCUGAAUGUGAAGGAAAACCUCAACUUCCUGUGGAUGGCCGUAGCCAAAAGGACACUGUAUCAAGCGGGUGUCUUUCAAUUCUGCUUGUACAAAAAGGAAUCAUUUUGCACAUGUUCUGUAUGAGCCUCACUGUCUCCAUAAAGCCAAGACCCUUCUGAUCUACAAGUGGAAUAGACUUCUGCAACAGAUCCCACACGUUGCUGGGGAGAAGGAAGCAGAAGUUGCAAGAUAGGAGAUGCAGGUGGCAAUAUUGCAGAUGUUUCUUGAUGGAAAUGCAGAGACUCCCAGGCAGUCUUCUCUGCCAAUCAAUCAGAGCUCAGGCAGUCAUCUCUGCCAAAUUGAGUUCAAGACAGUUAGCUGUGCCAAUGGCUCCAAGAGCAUGAAGCCAGCUCUGUCAAAAGGAGUUCAGGCAACCCGCCCAUUUCUAAGAGAGGUGGUGAUGGGCUUAUGUAGAUCUUUGUUCUUGCUAUUUAAUAUUUUCUUGAGAGC